AUGGCUAAUGGAACCACAGAUUUUGAAAAUUAUGGCAGAAUCUACAUUGCGGUAGAAACUAUCAUUGGGAUAGCGUCUGUUCUGGGAAACAUUAUGGUAAUCUGGGCAGUGAAACUGAACCCAGGUCUUCAGAACACAACUUUUUACUUCAUCGUUUCUUUGGCGUUUGCUGACCUGGCGGUGGGACUUUUAGUUGUGCCUCUGUCCAUUAUUCUGAGUCUGGGAGUACAGCAACAUUUCCAUGCCUGCUUGUUUAUGUGUUGCCUGGUCAUAAUUCUGACUAACGCAUCCAUCCUGUGCCUGCUCGCUAUAGCUAUUGACAGGUACUUGAGGAUAAAGAUACCAAUCAGGUAUAAAACCAUGAUCACAUCUCAACAAAUCUAUUUGUCCAUUGUAUGUGUCUGGAUUGUAUCUUUUCUGAUGGGGUUGGUCCCUAUGUUUGGAUGGAACAACAGUUCCAACUUAGAGGAAGAACAAAUGAACUACUUGAAUUGCACGUUUACCAGUGUCAUGAGUAUGGAAUUUAUAGUUUACUUUAACACGAUUGGAUGGGUAUUUCUCCCCUUGAUGAUUAUGCUGGUUUUGUACAUUGAGAUUUUCUACCUUAUUAGAAAACAACUUAAACAGACUACAUCAAAAACCACUGGGAAGGGUGUAUUUUAUGGCAAGGAACAAAAGACAGCAAAAUCACUAGCCCUUAUCUUGUUUAUAUUUGCAUUGAGUUGGCUACCUUUGUCCAUCCAAAACUGCAUAUCCUUCUUCAUACCAGAAGUUCUAAAGUCAAGUGCAUUCCAGUCUAUCCUUCAUCUUACUAUCUUGCUCUCCCAUAGUAACUCAGCUAUGAAUCCGAUCAUAUAUGCAUUCAAAAUCCAAAAGUUUAAGGACACUUAUAUCAGAAUUAUAAAAACAUACAUUCUACGCAGAGCUGUGUUGAAUGAAAGUGGAAGUGGGGAACACACCUUAGAUGAAAUAUGUCAAUAGUAAGACUUUUUUUUAGUAGAAUAGAAUGUGGUGACCAUUAUUGUGUUAUCUUACAAUCAAAAGUAAAAUACAAAUAAUAAAACUGUAAAAAUGUAGAAUUUGUGUAU